AUGCCUCCAAUACGUCUUGACGAGAGUGAUGACGACUCUGAGCUUUCGGACAUUGAUGUAGCUGAGAUCGCCAGUGUAGCUCUCUCAGAUACCCCAGGAUCUAUAGUAAUUCCAACAUCGACAGAUUUACCUGAACAUGAUGCGAUGAAUAGGGAUGGGUCCCCUCUCGAGUCUCAAACCAUUGCUGCAUCAUCGAACCCGGACGAAGAUGGUGGAACCAUCGAUCUUGAUACCCGUCCACCACCCGAGGACAAAGGCGAUCUAGGAAAGACUGCAAAGGCGGAAUCUGAGUCUCCCAAGCAAACUAGAUUGCCCAUACAAAAUUCUGGACGUCGAGGCAAGAAGGCAUCCACCGAACAGGAGUCUGGAAAUAACCCAUCGGAACAACCAUCGAACAUUUUGAAGAGAAAAUCAUUUCCAAAUGACUCUCCUAAGAAUGCUUCUACGAGUCCUACAGCACACAGACAACUUCGUCGUCCAGAUCUUGCUACGCCAACGCUAAGGCAACCCUCUAUAGCGACCUCUGAGCGUCAGUCCACCCGUCACCACGAACCGCCAUCCCUUGCAAAAAUCCAAGAAGAAACUGCUCGUUUGCGGGAAGUUUUAUUGCAUGUGUCAACUGAAGCGACUCAAGAAAUAUUGAAGGAGCAGUGGAGAAAUUUUCUUUUCACGAAUGCAAAAGAGUCACACAUCACAUUCAUUCUCCGAGCUGGAUUGAAGAAUGCCAGUCCUAGUGUUCUUGCACGAAUCUAUAACGACUCUGGUGUCAUGAAAGAUACCUUCUUGGAGACUAUCACCUCUAAGCAACCCAUUGUCGCUAGGGUUUUGAAGAGUGCUUCUGCAAACCAGCUUGCAGAUCUCGUACCCAGCAAAGUUCUCGAUCAGGCUCUAUCUGAACGGUUAAAGAGUGUUCCGGCGAAAACACUCAUACGAUGGCUGGCUGAGGCUGAUAGACUUGGUUACAGUCUUGAUGACAUUCUGGAUGAGAACGAUGAGACUGUCGUUCCAAAUAUGCCGAGUAGGGCGCAAAGUCACGAUGAUGAUGAUGAUGCUAACGAUGAUGAUGAUGACACUGAAAUGAUAGAUGAUGGACCAAAGAAAACGGAAGCUCCGUCUUUGGAUCCACUUGUUGCUGAACAAGAACGAAUCAGCGCCCUGCAAAAGUCUCAAAACGAUGCCCAAGCAAAUACUCCACGCGAGUUGAGAUGUCCCACUUGCACCUAUAAGUUCGAUACCAUCAGAGGCCAUAAUUUCCAUCGACAAAAGAAUAUCUGCACUAGAAGUCAGCCUCCAGGAUUAAAGUUCUAUUGUGGUAAUUGCGCUCAAGGGUUUACCACCAAGCAAGGAAUGCUAUAUCAUGAAAAGAAGCGUGUUUGUCUUGGGGCAGAAGGAAGUCCAGACGACGAAACCGUUUAUCAAGACUACCGAGACAUAGUUUCUAAUUCACCAAACCCUCAAUACGGACAACACCCUGACCACCCACAAACUGCAUCAUUUGGAAAUAUCCCUCGUCCACCUCUCCACACUCCAGGAUCGCGCUCCAAGCACAUCGAAGCGAUCAUCGCUGCAUCUCCCUGGGAUGGAGAGGCUCGCCAUUCACCAUCUGAACUACCACCCGACAAGCGUGCCGCUUUAGAAGAUGCUCUGCAGAAAAUCGAAGAAAAAUAUAUCGAGGAUCAAAGCAAGAUCCCGGAGGACUGGACCCCCGAAAGACGAGAGGCACGACUUAUCUCUCUCAAGAAUGGAAACGCAUCCCGCAAAUCUCAAAUCCGCAAACAAUUUGGUGUCACUCUUCGUAUGCGCGACAGAGAUAAGGAAGCAAAGAAAAUACGUGAGGUUUUGGGUUCCAAUUCUCCAAUGGUGCCUACCGGCAUGAACAGAAUUGAAUAUCGUAAUUCACCAACGGUUGCUGGCUAUCCAGUAAAUGCUCAGCAGCAAAUCCAUCCUAAUCAAACACCAGCCGGUAUGAGAAUGGAGAUGGUAGAUAUGAGGCCUGCUACAGGAUUUUCGCCAAUCAAUGCUCCGCCGCAACAUCAGCAAAACCAACAGCAUCCUCAGCACCAGCAAUAUUCGCAAGCAGCACCAGGUCACCACCCAAUGCCAUAUCCAGGUUCUCCUCAAGCUCAAGGUUUCCAACAAAAUUUCCCACCUGUACCACAGCUUCUGUCGCAGCAACGACCUGGCCCAGACCAUCGGAUGAGCCCACUUGGGUAUCAAGGAGCUUCGGAACAAGCGUACAGAGGACCAGAAGAUCAUGCAAACAAAAGACUCAAGCGCAAUUCAAGUGCAGGAAUGUCGCGAGCAGAUGAAGAAAGAAGUAGACAUUUUGCACCCGCUGAUUCGGCUCCAAUGGGUAUGAAUGAGAGAAGGGCUUCUGGGGGUAGAACUCAGGCUUAUAAUGGUCCCGGGAUUCCCGGCAUGGAAAAUCAAAGAUCGGGUUCUGCAGGAGCAAAUGGUGCUAUGAUGGAGGGUGAGAGUAGACCAAAUUCUGCAGGCUCAAGUAGUGUGCGAAAGAGGGUACCUGUUGGGGCGUUGCAGAGGCAAUGGGAAGCGUUGAAUGGGAAGGGACCGGGUAGGAAAACAGAGCUUGAGAAUAGGGCUGGGAAUGUAUUAAUGAGUAGCGUGGGCGGGGGUGAGAGAGCAAAUGGACGGAUUGAGAAUAGAAAUGUGGUUGUGGGUGCGAAAGGUAAAGAGCCAAUGCAUGAGGGAGGUAGAAAUGUGGUCGAUUUGGUUAGUGAUGAUAGUUCGAGCGAGCGUGAAGCUGCUGGACCUAGUGGGGGAGGAAAAUAG